CGGAAGGCGGAGCUGGCGCUCGUGAUUGGCGCAUGCGUGAGGUGUUCUCGGAAGUGGCGCCAAAAUAGGGGUGGAGCCAUCUCGUGGGCGGGACCUGAGAACUGAAGCGGCGUUGUCAGUUGCCCGUUGAGACCGCUAUCCCGCUAGGUUUGGCGGGCAUGACAGGGGCGCGGCCCUGGGCCCGAGCGGACGCCGUUGGUUGGUGCGCGCUGGAGGGGCGUGGCGCGGGCGGUCACCGUUGGUUGGCCGACAGCACGCGGGGGCGGGCCAUGGCCCUACUACUGUGCUUGGGAAUGACUGCUGCGCUGGCCCGCGGCUGCCUUCAUUGCCAUAAUAACUUCUCGGAGAAGUUCUCCUUCUACCGCCAUCACGUGAACCUCAAGUCUUGGUGGGUGGGUGACAUCCCCGUGUCGGGAGCUCUGCUCACCGACUGGCGCCAGGACACGAUGAGGGAGCUACACUUGGCCGUCCCGGCGGAGAUCACCCGGGAGAAUCUGGAGCAGGUGGCGAGGACCGUGUUCCGAAAGAUGGAUCAGCUGUAUCAGGGGAAGAUGUACUUCCCUGGGUAUUUCCCCAAUGAACUGCGAGCCAUCUUCCGCGAGCAGGUGCACCUCAUCCAGAACGCCGUCAUUAAAAGCCACAUCGACUGUCAGCGUCACUGUGGCAUCUACCAGUACCAGACCAUCUCCUGUCACAACUGUUCUGAUUCACACGUUGUCUGCUUUGGCUACAACUGCGAGUCCUCGGCUCAGUGGGAGCGCGCUGUGCGGGGCCUUCUACUUUACAUAUCUAACUGGCACAAACAGGACACCAGGAUGAGACCCUCUUCCUCCUGCAUCUCCUCCGCUGGGACACGCAGAACCACCCCAGCCUUCCUGAUAGCACCGAGCAUCUCGUGUCUGGAGCCCCAGCGCCUGGCGAACCUGACCUUGGAGAACGCCUCGGAGUGUCUGACCCUUUACUGACAGCGCUGCAGCCGUGGGGACCAGGACUCAGCUGGCCUGGACCAGCUUGUCCCUCUGCCCUGGGUUCCCUCCGGCCACAGAGCCCCUGGGCUGGGCUGCAGCAGGGGUGGGGCUGGGGCCAGCUUUGCGUACAGGCAGGGCCACUAGGUCCUUUGUGAUGAUUAAAGUGCCUGGCAUUUCUCA